CGAUAUUAGAGGGAAAAGUAAGGGUAAAACAGUAAUAGGUGGGAAAACAGAAACUAACUAAAGAGAGAGGAAAGAUAUAAGGAGAGAGAUAAAAGGAACUUGUCAGCGCCAAAACAGAGGGAAGAAAAUAGGUGAAAUAUAGCCGUUUGGAAGAUGGAAGAAGAUGAAGCUGGAGCUGGAGCAAGUGUUGAUGGAAAGAUGAUCUCCAUUGAGCAAGAGGAUGUUGAUUUAGUUGAAAUAAAUGGAGACAUGUAUGUGGGAGAUGUUCUUGUGGAAGGCAUAGAUGAAGUGCAAGGCAACGAGAUUGUUGCUUUAACUCAUACUGGGAAGGUGAGUGGGUGCAAAAUAGGGGCAAAUGAGGUUGUUCCUGCACCGUUUGUGGGCAUGGUAUUCCCUAACUUGGAAGCGGUGGAUAGUUUUUAUAAAAAUAUGGGAAGCAGGAAGGAUUUGGGGUUGUGCGUUCGGGUGGGGCAUAUAGAAGAAAAGCAGGUUGUGAAGAAAGGAAGAGGCGUAAUACAACAUGGACUUGUGAAUGUUAUGGUAGGCCGGCUAGGAGGAAACGGGUAAACGGGCGUAGGGUGGUGACAGAUUCUGUGAUUGAUGAUGAUUUAGAUACGAAGAAGUCAAAGAAAUGUGAUUGUACUGCCAUGAUGUAUGCUACUUGUAAUGAGAAGGGGAGUGGGAAGUUAAGAAAGUUAUAAAUGAACAU